CUAUAACUGGGGACCUUUUAUGGAAUUUACACUAAAAAAAAUAGAUCUAUGAGUGUUGGGCUUGCGCGCCCCAAUGCUAUCGGUAUUGGGCUUCUCAUCUCUCGGGUCACUCAAUUGACGUCUGCAGAGUCGCGGCGGGUUCUUCACCAUUUCUCGACGGCAAGCGGAAGAGAUAAUGGAAUCUGAAGCACCGCCGCCGUCACAGCUGCUCCGCCGUCUAAUAGACUUCGACACCGAGCUCUCCCUCCGUCUCUACACUAUAGCCCACCCAAUCCUCCCCUACUCUCUCCUCAAAUCACUGGAAAUCUCCGGCGACGGCCGUCUAUUCUUCCCAGUCGUAGUCUCCCUCCUCCUCACGACGACCGCCGCCACCGUCUUCCUCAUCGACCUCCUCCUCGCUGCCGUCCUCGAUCUAGCUCUAAUCGGCCUCCUCAAGCACCUCAUCCGGCGGCCCCGGCCCGUUUACAACCAGAACAUGUUCCUCUCCUUCUCCGUCGACCACUGGUCGUUUCCGAGCGGGCAUUCCUCCAGAGUCUUCUUCAUCGCCACCAUGUUCUACCUAUCGUCCGAUCUGGUACAGAGAUCGCUGAUUGAAGCCGGGUACGGCUCGUAUUCGGGUCAAUUCGUUCACAUUGUCGGGGCCUGGGCAGUGAUCACAUCGGGUUCUAGGGUUCUUCUCGGCCGCCAUUUCGUGCUCGACGUGGUCGCCGGAGCUUGCUUGGGCGUUCUGGAAGGAAUUUUCUCGUUUCAGAUAUUCAAUUAUGGGAAUUUAAUGUCGUUCAUUCAUGAAAGGAUUCCCAUUGCCACUAAACUUACCCUAAUUAAGAGGCUAACUGUCUGGGUGGGAAUAAAGAUGGAAGGAAACAAUGUUCAAGAGGUUAGGGAUGCACUGAUGAGUAUAAGAGGAAGAGGAAGAAGAGAUCGAGGCAUAAGUACCUAUGCAGCAGCGUGCUACCAUAUAUGGAAAACAAGGAAUUGCCUUUUCCAUAGGAAAGAGAAGCCUGAUGUAAAGAUGUGUUUUAACCAUAUAACAAGCCAUUUGAGUACUUUCUGGGGAAGGAAAUCAAGGAGUAAGUAGGUGUUGAUGUUUGUCAAUUGUAUGUUGUUUUUGUGUUAAAGUGGGGUCGUUUGUAUUGUUUUGGGAGAUGAAUGAAGAUGUGCAUUUCGUUUCAAAAAAAAAAAUACAAGUGUGACAAAUAUUUAGGAUCAGAGGAAGUAUUUAGUUUCUUUUUAAUGAAAAUUGGUUCUUUGA